AUGUCGGAAAACAAUAAUAAUAUCGUGGAAGGAUGGCUUCGUUCUCUGAACAUGGUUCAGUAUACGCAGUCCUUUAUUGAUAACGGUUAUGAUGAUUUGGAAGUGUGCAAACAAAUCGGGGAAUUAGAUUUGGAUGCCAUUGGAAUUAAUAAAAAGGAACACAGAGAGAAAUUGUGUCGAGCUGUGAGGAUAUUACGCGAAGAAGGGGGUACAGCCGUUUAUUUUACCCUCGAGGAAACGGUCGGGGCUACCCCACAACUUGGAUAUUAUGAUGAUUCCGUUUUGAAUGAAUUAGGUGCCCCUCCAGAUCCGCCUGAUUUGUUAGACGGUCAACCCAUUCGCCUUGAUGCUUACGAUAUUGGCAAAAACGCUUUGCUCACUUACCCCAAAGUUCAACUUAAACACAUAUUGAAAAAUAAACUUAAAGAAGAUGAAAUUGAUUUAGCAGGCCCUCCAUACACAACACAGAAACUAGAAAUAGACUGUAGAAAAUUGUGUUAUAAGAAUUCGGUAUUACAAGAUACUUGA